AUCCCGAGAAAUCUUAGAGUCUCGAAACCUAAACCCUAACGAUUCCAAUUCCCCCAAAUUCAAUCUCAAAACCCUCCAAUUUCUCCCCAAAAUGUAUCGAAUUAGUCGUUCAUUAUUACAAUCUCGAAGACUAAUACAUACACAAUCUCAUAUUCCACCCAGUGAAACAUUCAAGAAAACAAUAUCAGAAAUGAGGAAAAAGAAGAAGAAUAUGAUGAAUCGAAGUAAAAAGAAUGAUGAAUUUUUAGUUGAAGUACCAGAAUCAAUGGCUUAUUUAGAUACACUUAAAAUGCCUGUUGUUCUUACUGCUGUUGCUGUGACUCUAUUCGCCAAAGUUCUAAUGCUGUAUGAUGAAUCAAAAUCUCAAGAGAGGAUUGAGCGCAAAAUUAGGAAUGCUCCUGAAGGUCAGGGGACGGUUAGGAUGCUUAGUCCUGAAGAAUGGGAGGAAAUCCAAGAAGUGAGGCCAAGGACUCCUUUCGAAUCCAAGCUUGCUCGCCCAAAUGCACGUUUAAGAACUGAUGAGCCACUUCGUAUGGGGGAUGUCAAAGACUGGGGUAUCGAUGUACUCGCAGAUGCACUUACAAGAGUGGAAGAAAGCGUCAGACGCGGUGCCAAGUAAUCAUUUUGAGUACCCAACUAUGGCAACAACUGAAUGUACAUUUCCAAUUCCUGAUGGAGCAUUGAGGACUCGAGCAUGUUAGCCCUAACAUCGACUAAAGUUGUGCAUUGAAGCAACAUGAUGAUGGAUCACAUGGUUACCAAAAUUACAUACUUGUGGAUUCAAAAUUGAUAAGAAAUUUUACCCACUUGAUCCUGAAAAAAAAUUUGGAGGAAUUUUUUUCAUGUCACAGUGUUUUUGUCUACAAAUUCUGUACUGUCAGUUGUAUAUAUCCGACAGUCCAUGAAAGUACAAUUUGGUCAAAUAAGUGGAACAUCAUCUAUGCUCCAAUAAUGUACAUGACAGUCCCACUAAAACCAUGGGUCACGCAGCCAGGGACAGAGCCAAUGGCCACCCUAUUU